AUGCAAACUGUAGUAUGUGCGGAUAUGCAAAGGGAAAAAGCAAACAAAGUUUUUGAUCGACGUUUGAAAGAAAACAUUAAUGGACCAAAAGGACUCAACUCGCAAUUUAGACUAGAAUUACAACGUUUACGAAGAGAUGAACGUUUAAUUGGAAGUCAAUUACAACAUUUAAAUCUAGACAUGUGUAGAAUUGCAGCAAGUUCAUAUCGAAAUAGUGUAAAAAAGGCUUUAUCGAACAACGCUACAGAACUUUCAUCGUCUUCGUUUACAACACCAAAGAUCAUUCCUUUACAAUUACAUCGUCAACAAUCAAAAUCACGAUUAUCAAUCAAAAAACACAAAUACAUAAGUAAAUUUGAACAGACAGAAUUGUCGACAAAUUUUAGCCUAUUACCAUCUGUUAUUACAUCGUUUUGGAAUGAUGAACAAAAACAACAUAAAUCAAAAUUUUUUCUUCUCAAUGAGUUUCCACAAAUUGAAUCCUUUGAAGAAGGGAAAUUAUUAAUGAAUCGUAUAGCUAUGAAACAACAACAGCAACAACGAUCAGCAGUAGAAAUAAAUCUUAAUCUAAGUAGUAUUCAGAAAAAAGGAUAUCAUUUAGCCAAAAAAUUACAAAAUACGAAAUGUGCUGUUUAUGCAUAA